CGGGAGCGCUGCUCGGCACGGGCGGCCCCUCCCCCUCACGUGACCCCGGGGCCCGCCCUGAAGGACACGGGAGGUGGGCGGGGCUUUCUCAAGGGCGCGCGUCCGCGCCCCGCCCCCGCGCCCACCCCAUUGGUGGAAGUCGGGGUUGAGCGCACGCGCUUUUCCUGCACACUCUGCGUUCGUAGCGGCGCGGCGACCCUAGCGAGUCUCUCCGGUGCGGGCCCGCGGCAUGGCCGGGCCGCGACUGCCGCCAGGACUCCCGGUGCUGCUGCUGCUGCCGCUGGCGCUGCCGGUGCUGCCGCUCCCUGCAGGCAACGCCGCCCCGUCCCGCUGCCAACCGGACCAGUUCCAGUGCGCGCCCGGCGACCUCUGCUUCCCCCAGGACUGGCGCUGCGACGGCCACCCCGACUGCGAGGACGGCGAGGACGAGUGGAGCUGCGGGACCGCGACCGCGACCGCGGCGGAGCCGAGUCCCGGCGGCCUCGCGGUGACCCCGCCGAGGAGCUCGGCGGUGCCGCCCACCGGCAGCGCAGAGCCUUCAGCUACACCUGAGGUCUCUGUGCCAUUGGGGAGUCAAGGUUACACAUGGAUCUUCAUUGUUGCAGGGCUCCUGGUUAUCCUGGUAGUGGCAAGUUCUGUUGCUGUGUGGGGUCUGUCCAAAGCAAAACGCAGAUCUGACACCUCCGGUCUUGAAAAAGCAUCCAGGGAACAGCUGAUGCCUGGCAAGGGCCAGAAAGGCUCCUUGCCCUGAAGGGGAUCCUUAUCCCAAGGUGAUAAGGUGAGACUAGCCUGAUCUGUCUCCUGCUCACCACAGAGCCUGACUGAAUUGGACAUCAGCUCUCAAAUCUGGGUUGUUACACUGGAAUACCAAGAGGAUGCUCCCUUUGUAAAUGGGUCUUAGAUUGUAGGACUACCUUGGCUCCAGAAAUAGCACAGGACCUUCCCUGGCCCUGUACAUCAGCCCUCCCCGAGGGUAGAAAUGUCUUCAUUGUUCUGCAUGACAGUCAUUACUGCUGGUGACCACCACUGUGGCCUUGGACUCGAAGAUGUUUUUCUUCUUGAAAUGCCAGGUGCUGUUCAACUGUCUCCUUCCACUUCCAGCCAAGACCCUUUUUUCAUGUGUCCCAUUCUUCCCCCUGGAUUUUGUCAGGGAGCAGGAGCUUUCUCACCUAUUUCCAAAGGCACUUGCUGGCUGCACAGGUCAGACAAAUACUCCGUGUUUGCACUACUGUUUGAUGCUGCUCAGUCCCAUGCAUGGGAGGCUUUUACUGACAGUGCCACUGUGGGGGUGACAGUUGCUCUGGCUUUGCUGUGCUGUCACCUGAGCCCACGUAGGGCAAGGAGCUCCUCAGCCCUGGGCUGGCAGCUUCUCUCACACUCCCUUCCACAACAUCUCCAUGCUUGGCAGACCUGCUCUGCCCACCCCAGUGCUGAAUGCUGCAUGGGGCUCCUCUUAACACUCUCAAUGGCGUCUUCCUUAAAACUGUUCUGACAUGAGUGGUGUCCCUUGGGGUCCAUACUGGGACCAACGCUAUUCCAUGUUUUCAUCAGUGUGUAGAGUGGGAUCAGGUGGACCCUCAGCCAGUCUGAGGAUGAGACCAGGCUGAGGAGUGCAGCUGGGGAGGGGGAUGUCAUCUGGAGGGACCUUGAGGCCCACAGGAACCUCAUGAAGUUUGAUAAGGUCCUGCACUUUUGUUAGGGCAAACCCUGGAGAAGAGAUGGCUGCAGGAAGCCUUGUUGUGUCUUGUCCAUGUCUGAAGGGGGAUUGUAAGAACAAUGGAGAGGGGCUUUUCACCAAGGCCUGUAAGGGCAAGGGGCACCAGGUACAAACUGACAGAGGGUGGGCUUAGGUAGGACAUGAAGGAGGGUUUUAUGGUGAGGCCCUGGCUCAGGUUGCCCAGAGCAGCUGCAACUGCCUCAUCCCUGGGACCAAGCUGGACAGGGCUCUGAGUGUCUUGGUCUAGUGCAGGUGUCCCCUGGAAAUAAGUUAUGUCUUUGGCUAGGGCUCCACGUGCCACCCAGACAGCACCUGACCCAAGGACUGAGUGCUGUGUGCCUCUCAGAACUGACUGUGCAAGGGCAGAUUAGUGCCCAGUGCCUCUGGUCCAGCCUUGGCCACGUGCACCUUGCACAAAUGAUCACUAAGUGCGCCAAGCUGCUGUCUUGGCUGCUGACCUCUUGUGCCUUGAAGGUGGGAACUUGGCUUGCCAAGCAGACGCCAGUCAUCAGCCUUGGAGUAGGAGUCUUCUGCUCCUGGAUAGCAUGUGAGUGCUGCCGUACUCCACGGGAGAAACUUCUAUAUGUGGUAUGGAGUCCUGAGUUAUUCCAGGGCUGCUAUUUUUAGUACCAAGGAGUCAUUUGCAAGAGCACACACAACCUUCUGUUUCCAUAGGGACAGACCAUAGCUGUGGUGACUGACACAGGACAAUAAAGAAUGUGAAAUUAACAA